CAAUUUUUCAAUAAACCAUUUAUGACUCAACAAACCCAACAUUGUAUCGGAACCUUAUGAACUCGGGUAAAACUGGUUUGAUCCAUGCGUGUGCUAAAAAAGGAGUCAUACCGGGAAUGAUUGGGGGCGACUCAGAGAAAGUCACUGAUGGCGUCAGAGGCGCGGACACGCGCGCUGAUUCGGAGAAAAGUCGUUCCUGGAACUCAGGCGGAAUCAGCACGCCAAAGCCCCCAGUUGUUUCGGCUACAUACUUUUAAGCUGGUAACCGGCUGAAACACUAUUCAUUAGCGCGGAUCGUACCGGGUGCUGUUUCAGCCACAUCUCUGCUCCCGGGUUAUUCAUUUAUAACGUCGGCGGUUUUCACCAAGAGAGGCGCGGGGGGAAGGUGUUUAGAUCGCGGCGCGGGGGGAAGGUGUUUAGAUCGCGGCGCGGGGGGAAGGUGUUUAGAUCGCGGCGCGGGGGGAAGGUGUUUAGACCGCGGCGCGGGGGGAAGCUGUUUAGAUCGUGGCGCGGGGGAAGGUGUUUAGAUCGCGGCGACGCACCGAGUCUCAACAAGCAGAAGCUCAAGAGCAGCUGAGAAACUUUCCGAGACGGUUGAGGAACCUGACUGAAGCCCUCGCUCAUACGAUGAUCCUCUGCGUUCAGGGUCCCAGAGCUCUGUUAGGAGACUCGCAGUCUCAGGUGGUUCCUCUUGGGGUUUCAGUUGUCUCUUCCUCAUCAGCACGUUGUCUCCAGAGCACCCCCAAGUUCUGGGAAUCCAGCAAAGAACUGUGCACCAUCACCAGCAACUUCUGUUACCUCGAUGCUUCAGGGUGGUACUGGGGCACCAUCACAGCCAGUGAGGCCCAUUCACUCCUUGAGGCGGCCCCAGAGGGCACGUUCCUCAUUCGGGACAGCAGUCACCCUCUCUACAUGCUGACUCUGUCAGUCAAAACGGGACGCGGCCCUACUAAUGUGCGCAUUGAGUACAGUCAUGGGCGCUUCCAGCUCGACUCGAGUUCACCAGCCCGAGCACGUCUGCUCUCUUUCCCUGAUGUGUUGAGUCUAGUUCAGCACUAUGCUACCUCAGCAAGGGGACGUGACGCGGCUCAGGAGGACAAGUGCGAUCCCAUAACUCCCCUGGUACCUAAGGAGUGUGCUGUGCUGCUCAAGCUGAAACGUCCACUCCGCCAGCCUCAGGCUUUUCCAUCCCUACAGCACCUUGCACGCUUGGCUAUUAAUCAGUACACAGCCUGCCCAGCGAUGCUGCCUUUACCAAAGCCAUUACUGCAGUACCUACAGGAGUACCCUUUCCAGCUCUGACAUCACCAUGGAAACACCAACUUGAACAUAAAAGAGGACCCUGAUGUCAUUAAUGAAAAUGAUGCAGAUGAAAGCUCAUUUCCAGAGAAAUGGGGCUUUGGCUUACUAACCAAUGGUGGCUAUAUUUAAAGCUCUUGAACACUUUUCUCCUUUAGCAGUUAUGACUAAUUUUCUCCUAUGGGAUAAAUUAGAUUUCAGGUUCCCAAAUACAGACUAAACUGGAAAUUCACUGGAACUUAACAGAAUUGCAAAUGACAAAUAGAAAAGUCUGCAGCAAUUCAAUGUCAGCAUUGUAAUGAUGUUUAUAGGACAUGGUGUAACUAGUUUCAUUACCCCACAGACUUUGGAUGAACCUUAAAAAACAACUUGGAAACUGUGGGUUUGAUUCUCCCUACAACAUAGACCCAAGGGUCAUAUCACUUAUUUACAGCGAUUGUUUGCUUAAACAAAAUGAAAGCUACAUAAUUUUCCCCAUGGCUUGAGCUACAAGGCUAAUAUAGCUAAGUAAAAGACACAUGUAGAGCUGUUUUAGCAAUGUUAAAACUCCAUGCGUAAAUCAUCACACACUUGCCGAAAACUAUGGUGUUAUCUGAUAGAUUUGUAAUUUGUUUAAAAAAAAUGUUUAAAAAGGUCAAAAAUAACAUUUUGAUGUUAAAGUAAGUAGAAGCGGCCAUUUUGAAGACAGAAUCACUUUCUUUCCUCAGAGAAUAUCACUCUGCACUACCAUCGGACUCCGACUAGCUACUUUAGCUAGCUACAGAGUGAACCGUAUACCAGGAUAUAGCCAAAAUAAACAAUGUUUACUUCAGGUUCACUGCUCAGAGGUAAAUUUUUUUAUAGAAAAAUGAUAGAACAGCAGAUUUAGAUGUGUUUUUAUAUAAUACUUUUUUAUGGCUUGUGGUUGUGAUUACAAGCCAGUUUGCUAACGUAAACAUGAAAAUCCUGUAAAAAUGUUUAGAAUGAUUUACUUUUUCUGAUUUUGCAUCCACGAACACAAACGCAGCUAUUGUAGCAAGUUAACUUAGCGCAGUAAGUUAUUGUUUACAUUAGCAAUAGGCUCAGAGUAUAGAUGUCACAUAAAGUUUGAAAACUAAUAUUAAUCGUUUUUCUUUAUAAUUUUGAAAAAAGUCAAUUUAUGAAACAAACUGCAAUUUUUUUUAAAGGAACUGUUAAUGGUAUUGCUUGGUCAGAUGAUAUCCUCUAUAAGAGUGUGAUUAUUUUGAAGUUCUGUUCGCAAAGUGCUAAACUAGCAACUAGAAGUCUCCCUUACUUGUUGGCUACAAAACUCAAGGAGCAAACACCAGACUCCAAGCGUAAUUUGGCAGACUAAAAACAAUUAAGGUUAGGGAAAAUGUGUAAAUUUCAUUUUUGGCCUGUUCUUUAAUUCUUAAUUUCUUAAAGAGACAAUCGAGGGUGAGAGGCUGCCAGUGAGCUCCACUGCUUGCAACAUGGCAACUGGAUACACACCAACAUUAAGUCAAAGCCCUGUGUUGUCUCUCUUUCUUUCCUUUUUACUUUUUCUACACAAAAUUCGUUCUGGUACAUAUUACUAUAUAAUCAGUCCAGAAUAAUUUAUUUUUUUCUAUCCCCACAAUGUGGGAGUUUGUAUAUAUUUAUGGACAAGGAUCCUUUUUAUUUUAUAAUAAAAGAAAAAUACUGAACCAUUCAAGCUCUUUCAUGUGAUCUUAUUCAAUAUGUUUAUGUUAAUAAAUAUAUUUAUUUAUGGACUUUCA